UGUAUUGUGUGUCGACAUUAGUUAGGCAGGUGUCAAUGUAACGUUAACUGUCUAACACUCUAACCUUUAUAACGACAUAGCUAAUCACUGUAUCCAACGUCGCUUGCGUUUCGCAUCCACGAGUCAAGAGGCACCAACAGAGGAUAUGCCAGCCAAGCCAAGGUGGAAGUAGCUAAAGUAACCAUAUCAACAGACAAGACGGGCUCAAGACUGGGGACUAUCUUUAGGGGACAGGGGUAAAACAAAACUGAUCGGAUUGGGAAUCUGACAGCAAACUAACCAGCUAAUAAUGGAAAUUGUUAUCUGUCGGUAAAAUAAGCGUUUACCACGUGUAACCUCAUUUCAAUGGGUCUAGUAGCUAGCGACAAAGAGCCUAUAUAUAGGGUACCAAUACGUUAUCUGGCGUAGUAGCGCCUAGGAUUAGCAGUUAACGCGUAGCAACUACGUUGAAUUGCAUUGGAUAUCGCUAGAUUAACGUUUGAAUACAGUAUUUUAUAUAUACAUAAUUAAGAUCCAUAAUCAAUAUGUAUCAUUAGGAUGGCGAUAGUUGCUUUGUAGUGUGUCUGACUAGCACUUUCAGUGCAAGCAACUAGCCAAACCAGUUUUGGUUCAUCUAUGUUAGCGCAGUCAGGUUGCUAACGCGUUAGCUAACUACUGUAGGUUUACGAUUUGGUGGAUAAAUACACUUUUUCUAUCUUGAAACGAUUCAGGGCCCACCAGAAUCGCUCAGAUAAUGACACUGGACUCGUUAGAUAGCUAAAUAAUUUAUCACUUGCAUGCUUGGCUAGUGUUUGUCCACGUUUGCUGUUGCAUUUAGGCCACGUCGCUGCAGAUGCAUUUCAUCCACUGACAGCGUCGUUGGAUGAAUGCAAACAAGACAGGCGACAGCUGUGCGGAAGAGGGAAGACGCGUGAAUAACUAUUCCCCGAAGCUAACUUAAUGCAAGAAACUCGUUUGGGGUUCGCUAAAAAUGCUUUCUUUAUAGACUCUCAGUGGCUGUAUUUUUGCCGUAAUUGAACGGCAUGUCACCUACCCAAUUUGUUAACCAGGGGAAGCAUCGGCUUUUUUAGUUUUAUAGAUCAAUUAUCGAAUACAUUCUGAAAUGGUUGGCUUUGGUGCAAACCGACGAGGAGGCCGUCUCCCUUCCUUCAUCCUGAUCGCGCUGAUGGUGAUCAUUGCCAUACUGUCUUUCAACUACUGGACUGUGUCCAACAAGCAAGGGCACCUAUUGGACGAGUUGGCGGAGGUGCAGACACAGGUGAAGCGGACCGACGCGGCGCGCAGUCGACUGGAGAAGCGCAACUCGGAGUUGAUGGUGCAGGUAGACACGCACAGGAAACAUAUCGAUCAGAAGGACGGAGAUAACAGCAUGCUGGAGGGCAAGCUGCAAGCUCGCGAAGCUCUCGUCAAAAAGUGUACGGAUGAAAAGAUGAAGGUGCAGGGUGAUGUCACAGCACAGAUGUCAGAGAUUGUGAGGCUGAAAGAGCAGCUGAAGGAGCUGAAACAGGAGUUUAUGAGGCAGGAGAUCCAGCUGAGGGAGGUGAAGAAGAACAGCACCAACCUGGAGAGGAAGCUGGAGUAUGAGAGCUUGCAGUGUGGGCGUCAAAUCACACAACUAAUGGACGAGUAUGAAGAAGCUAAAAAGACCCUGGAAGAGGACGCGGUGAAGCUGAGAAUGAGUGUGCUGGAUAGCAGGAAGGUCGGAGCUGCAGAAGGAGGGACUGAGGUGGAGACCGCAGGAGAGCACCCAACUGUGGCCACACACCGAGACACUGACCUCAAAGGUUUGGGCAAGCCUGGCAGUGAUGCUGGCAUGCCUGGUAUUGAGGACAGUGAAGUGGGAAAAAUAGAUGAUGUGCAGUUUGCCCUGAAGAAGCCAGCCAUCACCCAGAACCACAUAGAGUUACCUGAUACUGGGUUAAGAGAGGUGGGGGCCGGUAUGGGAGCAGGGGCAGGUGAGGGGGCUGGUCGAGACCUCUCUCUGGACCUGCCUGUGCUCCAGAUCCAGGACAAGGUCCUAGGGUUGGGGAAGGAGGGACGAGCGGGGGCCCUCCAGCAGCAGCCCCCCCAGGCGGUGGCAGACAGACCCAUCCUCUUUGAUGAGGACAACAAGGCAGCCAUCCAGGCAGAUGAGUUCGGAGAGCAGCACAGACCGCUUAGAGCUCCUGCCAAUGUGAUGAAAGCAGAUGAUGUACAGAGGAAAGGGGCAGGACUGCCUCUGCCUCCUAACCCCGCCCAGGUGCCCAACCCUAUAGAACCUCUGCAUGCCAGAGACCCCAAGCCUGCUGAGCCCCUGCGUCACAGACAGAGCCGUUUCUUUGAUGAGAACGAGUCCCCUGUAGAUCCGCAGCACGGCUCUAAGCUGGCGGACUACAAUGGGGACGAUGGGAACGUGGGUGAGUACGAGGCGGACAAGCAGGCCGAGCUGGCCUACAAUGAGGAAGAGGAUGGUGAUGGUGGGGAGGAAGACGUCCAAGAUGAUGAAGAUCGAGACAUGCAGGGAGACCGGGCAGUGGACUAUGGAAAGAGACGUCAAGCCAUCGACAUUCUGUAAACCUUGUCCACUUGCUCUUGGAUCUGGGAUGGAACAUUCAAACAAAAGCGUUUAUUCCUCCGCAUUGUUUCAGUGGUGCUACAGAUGUCAUUAGGACUGGUUGAAAUCAUGAAGUCGUUUUAGGUGCGUCUCUUAUGGCGAUGGACAAUUCUGAAGACACGAUUACAGAUUAUUCCAUGAAUCCGUUUGACCUAAAACCAUGUAUCAUUGAAUCUAUAAAACAGUUCAUGAUAUCAUUCUGUGCAGCUGUUGAAUUGCAACUAUAUUUGUUUUAUAAGUUAUUUGGUAUUAGAAUUCCAUAGCGAUUACAAUGAUAUAAUGUACAAGAGUGCUAUACAGUGUACAUUUUGUUUUUUUUCAUGACCGAUUAUGGAUACUUUUGUUUUGUUUACUAAUUUAAAUGAACUGUCAGCUGCAAGAAUAGACUGAAGUUGUCUGGGAGAGACCGUUUGGGCCAGAACCUCGCUGUCUUGGAUGACUCUGUUGCUGACCCGGUCACCUAGACUUGCAGGCAUGGCAUAUUGCUUGAAAUGAUCAACUUUUAAUUUGACUUGUCUUUUAUCUAAAAGGGAAUAUGUUUCCCUUUGAUUUGGGACAGCUGUUGCUUGAUAAAGAGAACCUGAACUAUUGCUCCAAACUGUCAAUGAAUUUGACAGGAUGGUUUCUUUGGCACGUUCUCUCGUAUUGUUGGACUCUUGUAUGGACGCCCACACUUCGAACACAGCUGUGCCAACGCAGCGCUUAUGCCAAGGACUUCUCAUGGCUUCUUAAACCUAUUUGUUCACCUUAUUUCUGUCACAGACAUAAGUCUCCAAAGUGCUCAUUCUGUCUUACAAUUAUGCUGUUGCUAUUAAUGCAUGUGAUUUUUAUUAAUCAACCUGAAGAACGUCUUGAAGCUGGGGGCAAUACUUAAACCAGUUUAGAAUUAGGAAUCCUGUGGAAGACUAAAUGCACAUCUGUCCUGCUAUUAUGACUGGACUACAGUAGGCAUAGAUGUACAUAUUUUAACUGUUCUUCUUUUUGAAUAAUAAGCAUAAAAUCAGUUUUGUGUGUUUUAAAAGUUGGUGAUUUUCAUAUGGAAGGUUGGCAUAUUGAAUGUACGCUGCUGAUGUUUGGUUUUUCAAGAUCUUCAUAAUUAAGAUAUUUUGGGUAGUUAAUUGUUACAACUGUGCAAUUUAGAUGCUAAUGGGUAAACUGUGGAGUCGGUCUGUUCCGAGCUAACUGUGCAAUUUAGAUGCUAAUGGAUAAACUGUGGAGUCAGUCUUUUCCGAGCUAAGCUUUCUCUCAAAUUCCGUGUUACUGAUCUGGGGAUUAUUAAAAGCUGUUUAUCACUGAUUUUGGGUAAUUCAUUUAUCAUUUCAUACUGAAGAAUAAAUCAUUCAUAAGUGGUCAUUGAUGCAAGUAAUUAAACAAUAGUUUCUGUUUGCCCCUGAAUGCCUUUUGAUCCAUGAUUUUAUUCUCUGUAACCUCUUGAAUGUGCAUGUGAACUGUACUUUACCUGAGAAUGUGACUGACUGGCAAUGAUUCUGGCAGGGAUCCUGGCCCAUGUUGACUCCAAUGUUUCCCACAGUUGUGUCAAGUUGGUUGGAUGUCCUUUGGGUGUGGUGGACUAUUCUUGAUACACACUGGAAACUGUUGAGUCUGAACAAAAACAUCAGCGUUGCCGUUCUUGACACAAACUGUUGCGCCUUGCAUAUCCUGUUCAAAGUCACUUAAAUGUUUUUGCCUUGCCCAUUCACCAACUGAAUGGCACGCAUUCACAAUCCAUGUCUCAGGUCAAAGAAGGAUUAUUAAACCUUGUCUCCUCCCAUUCAUCUGUGAUUGAAGUGGGAUCAUAGCUUUCACCUGGUCAGUGUGUUAUGGAAAUAGGUGUGCUUAAUGUUUUGUUUACUGAGUGUAUACUAUGUUAGUGUUAUACCAGAAGCCUCUCUAUUGUAAUAAAAUCCAUAUCACCAGA